AUGCUGGCAGAGAGCCUGCACAGGCGCAAUACCGUUCUGCCUUGCCAAGACCAGUACUUUGUAGGAGGCCAGAGCUAUAAUUGCCCGUAUCCCACUACAACGUCAGAAUCUAGUGUUGACGUUUCCACGGAGACUUGGGUCUCUUUCUGGGCUGCUGGUCUCCUGGACAACAGAGAGCCCCAACAAGCACCACAGGCACAGGAAUCAUCCAGUGACUCGAAUUUCCCUUUUCCUAACUCUUGUUCAUGGGAAGAGGCUCAACUUUCCUCUCAGCUCUACAGAAACAAGCAGCUCCAAGAUACGCUGGUGCAGAAGGAAGAAGAACUUGCUAGGUUACAUGAAGAGAAUAAUCACCUCAGACAAUACCUGAAUUCUGCUCUGGUUAAAUGUCUUGAGGAAAAAGCCAAGAAAUUGCUGUCAUCAGAUGAUUUCUCCAAAGCAUAUGGAAAAUUCAGAAAGGGGAAGAGGAAACCCAAAGAGCAAAGAUAUUUUCCUCCUGAGAUCCCCCAUCGCAAAAAUGCCAAGAGAAACCUCUCUAGUGAAUUCGAUAACUGUGAAGAACAACCGGGGCCCCCUGUGGAUCCCUGGGUCCUUCAAACACUUGGGUUAAAAGAUCUCAACACCAUUGAUGAUACCUUAUCAGCUAACUACAGUGCCCUCUCCCCUCACCCCAGAAGAAUCACCAGCACAUUUCCCCAGUUUCUGGAGAAUGCAGUUCAUUAUGAAAAGGCCCCCACUGAGGAUCUGCAAAUUGACUAUGGAGACGAAAGAACCACUCCUUCCUGCAGCACUGCCAGCCCUGGGGAAGAUUUUCACUUCCUUUCUCAACUUCCAAGUCUCCCAGGAGGGCUGCACACUCUUCCUUACUAUACUUCGGAUGUGUCACCCAAUAAGACUGAGAUGGCCUUUUCCACAUCCCUGAGCCCCCACUGCAAUGUGAAAACUCAUUCCUUCCACCAGGGACAAGCCUUUGUUCGUCGAGAUGAGGUGGGAGGCUGGAAGUUUACCUGGGUUCCCAAACAGACUUAGUGACUCCCCUUCUAUCACAAAGGACUGCCAUGAACUCUGUUUACAAAGACCUCUCUUGCACUUAAACCUGGCUAUGUGGAAUACAGAAGCUAUUUCCAAGGCUGCCUCCUGCCACUUUAAAUGUCACUCUCAAUUAUCCACUUAAAUCUGCAGGGAAUGGCUUCCAAGAUUC